UAGAGAUGUAAAUGUAAACACAGUUCAGACUCCAAAACACCAAAUAUGAGAAAUAUCUUUUACGCCUCAGUGACAGUAUUAAAACUAAUAGGAAUCGUCAUCACAGAAAGUGUUCGUGCAAUAUCAAGUAUAGCUGUAACGAAAACAAAAGACAUAUCUGAUGAAAUCAUCCUCAUAACAGGAGGGGGCCGAGGAAUUGGUAGACAAAUUGCUCUCGAAUUUGCAAAAUUUCGUCCAAAAUGUAUUAUUAUCUGGGGUAGAAAGAAAGACUGGUUGAAAAGAACUGUUCAUGACAUUCAAAGUUUAGGUGUAAAAUCUGUAUACUUUGUCUGUGAUGUUAGUAAAAGGGAGCUUAUAUAUGAAAAGGCACAGGAAGUCCAGGAAAUGGUUGGAGAUGUAACUCUACUUGUGAACAAUGCAGGUAUAUUGAGUGGAAAGCCAAUAGAGUUCCUUCAACCAGAGGACAUGAAAGAAACAUUAAAAGUCAACACACUUGCUCAAAUAUGGACUAUAAAAGCAUUUUUACCUGCUAUGCUAGAGAAAGGUAAAGGUCACAUUGUAUGUAUGAGUUCUCUGCUAGGCCUUCUGGGAUUGAAAGGAGUAUGUGAUUAUGCCACUUCCAAGUUUGCAACUACAGGAUUAAUGGAAUGUUUAAUGCAAGAGUUAGAAGAUUAUCCUAAUAUACAUACUACAAUAAUACAUCCAUAUCAGAUAGACAAUAAUAUGUUUGCUGGUAUGCAAGUAAGAUUUCCAAGUUUGUUUCCACCACUUAAGGAAGAAUAUGUAACAGAAGCCACAGUCCAGGCUGUCCUUAACAACAGAAAACAAAUUACAUUACCUGUAUAUUUUUAUUUGAUCCUGUUCUUCAGAAGUAUUUUACCAGUGUCCUGUAUGAUACCUGUCCAGCAUUUUAUGGGACUUGACAAAGUCAUGGACAGGUUUGACUGGCAGAAAAGAGGGCCGGAUGAAAUGACUUCAGCAGAUACAUGUGGUCGAAGUUUAAAAACUUAAAGAAAGAUUACUAAUUAAAUGAGCCGCACAUGAGAAAACCAACAUAGUGCAUUUGCGGACAGCAUGGAUCCAGACCAGCAUGCACAUCCAUGCAGUCUGGUCAGGAUCCAUGCUAUUCGCUAACAGUUUCUCUAAUUGCAAUAGGCUUUGAAAGCGAACAGCAUGGAUCCUGACCAGACUGUGCAGAUGAGCAGACUGGUCUGGAUCCAUGCUGGUCACAAAAUGCACUAUGUUGGUUUUCUCAUGGUGCGGCUCAAAUGCUUUUAUUUGAUUUACAUCCUUUGAGAGGUUUUUGAUAAAAUUUUCAGAGUUUGUUGGAAUGUACAGUAUUUUCUUUUUUGCAGUAUUUUAUGAUUCUGAAGUGAUUGUCUCAUAUGUAGCAUCUCAUGUGUUUUUAGCUCACUUGUCACAUAGUGACAAGGUGAGCUUUUGUGAUCACCCUUCGUCCAUCGUCUGUCGUCAGUCCGUGCGUGUGGCCGUCCGUCCGUCAACAAUUUCUUGUCUGCACGAUAGUGGUUUCAUUUAAGAUUUUAUUUUAACCAAACUUGCACACAACUUGUAUCGCCAUAAGAUCUCGGUUCCUUUCUUGACCUGGCCAGAUCCCUUUAUUGGUUCCAGAGUUAUGGCCUCUGAAGUGGUCAAAAUUAGCUAUUUUGACCUUGUCUGCACAAUAGCAGCUUUAUUUAUGAUUUUUUUUUAACCAAACUUGCACACAACUUGUAUCACCAUAAGAUCUCGGUUCCUUUUUUGAACUGGCCAGAUCCCUUUAUGGGUUCCAGAGUUAUGGCCCCUGAAGUGUUCAAAAUUAGCUGUUGUGACUCUGUCUGCACAAUAGCAGCUUCAUUCAUGAUUUAAUUUUUACCAAACUUGCACACAACUUGUAUCACCAUAAGAUGUCGGUUCCUUUUCUUGAACAGGCCAGAUCCCUUUAUGGGUUCCAUAGUUAUGGCCCCUGAAAGGCCCAAAAUCAGCUAUUUUGACCGUGUUUGGACAAUAGCAGCUUCAUUUAUGAUUUGAUUUUAACCGAACUUGCACAAAACUUGAGUCACCAUAAAUCUUGGUUCUUUCUUGAACCGGCUAGAUCACAUAAUGGUUUCCAUAGUUAUGGCCCCUGAUAGGUCCGGAAUUAGCUAUUUUGACCUUGUCUGCACAAUAGCAGCUGCAUUAUGAUUUGAAUUUGAUUAAACUUGCACAAAACUUGUGUCACCAUAAGAUCUUGGUUCCUUUCUUGAUCCGGCCAGAUCCCAUAAUGGGUUCCAGAGUUAUGGCCCCUGAAAGGGCCAAAAUUGGCUGUUUUGACGUUGUCUGGACAAUAGCAGCUUCAUUUAUGAUUUGAUUUUAACCAAACUUGCACACAACUUGUAUCACCGUAAGAUCUUGAUUCCUUUUUAUACGACCGAAGGGAUGUAUUAUGUUAUAGCCUCGGUGUCCGUCUGUCUGUCUGUGUGCUGUAACUGUGUAACUCUGUUACUCUUGAACCCCUUGAUGGAUUUCAGAGAAACCUGGCACAAAUGUUCACCUCAUUGAAACGACGUGCAGAGCACAUGUUUCGGAGGGCUUACUUCAAUGUCAAGGUCACACUUAGGGGUCAAAUGUCAUAUGACUUUGUUUUGUGUGAAUAUUGCUCUGCAUUUGAGUUGCACUGCAGUGCUCUUGUUUUUAUUUGGCAGAUCCUUCUUUUGUUCGCUUACAAUAAUUUUUUUUGAUUACUUCCCUUUUAUAUUACUAUAAAUAGCUUAUUUAGUAACUUUUUUUAUUAUUGGCCAUAGGGAAAAACCGCGACCACUUUUCUUUGGUACAACAUGGAUGGUACCUCCAAUUUUAAGGUGUAUUUUGACAUAUCUGUACCUUGUAAGAAUUUUUUCUUUUUGUUUUUGGUUAAAGCAAUGGUACUCAGGUGAGCGAUAUAGGGUCAUCAUGGCCCUCUUGUUUAAGAUAUAAUGUCUGAGUCUAAUUCAUUUUUAGCUCGACUAUUCGAAGAAUAGUCUAGCUAUUCUACUCACCCUGGCGUCGGCGUCGGCGUUGGCGUCACACCUUGGUUAAGUUUUUGCAUGCAAGUACAUACAGCUAUCAUUUAAAGGCAUAUAGCUUUGAAACUUAUUUAUUCUUUUUCUAAGUCAAUUACCAACCUCACUGGGUCAAGUCCCAUAACUCUGACAUGUAUUUUGAGCAAAUUAUGCCCCCUUUUGGACUUAGAAAAUUCUGGUUAAAGUUUUACAUGCAAGUUACUAUCUCCAAAACUAAUGCAGAUAUUGAAUUGAAACUUCACAUGUGUCUUCGGGGUUAUAAAACUAGUUGAUAGCAGCAAGUCCCAUAACUCUGACCUUCAUUUUGGUCAAAUUAUGCCCCCUUUUGGACUUAGAAAAUUGUGGUUAAAGUUUUGCAUGCAAGUACAUACAGCUAUUACUAAAAGGCAUAUAGAUUUGAAACUUAUUUUUUCUUUUUCUAGGUCAAUAACCAACCUCACUGGGUCAAGUCCCAUAACUCUGACAUGUAUUUUGGGUAAAUUAUGCCCCCUUUUGGACUUAGAAAAUUCUGGUUAAGGUUUUACAUGCAAGUUACUAUCUCCAAAACUAAUGCAGAUUUUGAAUUUAAACUUCACAUGUGUCUUUGGGGUUAUAAAACUAGUUAAUAGCAGCAAGUCCCAUAACUCUGACCUUCAUUUUGGCCAAAUUAUGCCCCCUUUUGGACUUAGAAAAUUCUGGUUAAAGUUCAGCUUGCAAGUACAUACAGCUAUUACUAAAAGGCAUAUAGAUUUUAAACUUAUUUUUUCUUUUUCUAGGACAAUACCCAACCUCACUGGGUCAAGUCCCAUAACUCUGACAUGUAUUUUGGGAAAAUUAUGCUCCCCCUUUGACUUAGAAAAUUCUGGUUAAGGUUUUACAUGCAAGUUACUAUCUCCGAAACUAAUGUAGAUAUUGAAUUGAAACUUCACAUGUGUCUUCGGGGUUAUAAAACUAGUUGAUAGCAGCAAAUCCCAUAACUCUGAUAUGCAUUUUGGUCAAAUUAUGUCCCCUUUUGAACUUAAAACUCUUGAUAUUUAACAUUUUGGGUAAUAUUUUCCUGCUUCUAGGACAAUAUUUCAAAUAGUCGAGCUUGUCUGUCCUACGGACAGCUCUUGUUAAAUGACCGUCUUAAUAGGUCAUUCCUGAUUCUUUGGAGCUAUGGCGCUUCAUUUAGUCAGAAUUGCAAAAGUUGACAGUAUCUGCUGAAUAUAUUGAGAAUUUGCUUCUUUUGAUCUCAACCAUACUUUUAUAGAAUGUGUUCAGACUUUUAAAAUAUUACUUUUAGCUAUAAAAUGUUGAUCAAAAGGCUUAGUCAUGUGUAGCACCAUGUAACCUGUACUACUAUUUUGGUUAACCAUGAAAUAAACUUAAAUCAGUUAACCAGUAAACUCUUAAGUCAGGUCCAGAGUAAGUAUCCAUGAAUUAGUCAAAAUUGCAAAAAUCAGUGUCCGUUCAGAAACUAGAGUUCCAAUCUUAUGGAGUAGUUGCCCUUUCUUCUGGGACAAAUAGGUGUAAGAAAAAAUAUUUCUCUUAACAUGACCAUGUUAUGCUCAAGAACAAGGUUGUAAGCUACAGUUCCAAGAUCACACUGGAAUAAAUAUUUUGUUCAUACAGUUAAAACACUUUCAUUCAACAAGUGAUUUUUAAAGAAUUUGGUUAGAUAUUUACAAUACAAGCAGUAUAGGCCUACAGAGUCCCAGCUACAAGUUCAGUGUCACAAAAAGGGGAUUCAGAUGCUUAUCAUUUGAAUGCCAUUUAACUCAAAUGACAUAAAAAGCAAUCUCUAUGACAACCACCUCUGGAAAGACCAUGUCAUUUUCACGUGUUACAUUCAGGCCACAUGUCUGUUAUUCCUAGGUCAAGGUCAUACUGGUCCCAUGUCUUUAGUAAUGAGUCAGUGUCACACAGAGGAACUAGGCUGCCCUACCUGAUUUGACUAAGAUUUUAGUGUUAAUUAUAGUAUAUAUUGUUUUGUCAACUGAUUGGUCAUGGUGCGUUGUAAUCAUGCACCAAUUUCGGAGAUUUCUGUAUGUUUUAGCUUCUACAGAAGGCAGAUUUCACUGAUAAUGUGUUCUAGAAAUUACAUUGUGAUAAAAUUCUAAAUGUGUUCGGUGCGAACUACUGCUGUUAUGUCCUGCUUUAGUGUAUUUCUUGACACCUAUCAUUGUUUAAAAAAUAAUAUAUCCCAGAGAGUGAUUUGUCAUUCAAUAAAAUCAUUGUUUGGAAUUUAGAUGCGAAGGAAUUAUAUCACGAAGGCACAGCCUUCUUUGUGUAAUAGGAAAACAAAUUGGGUCGCAUUGUAAUGUGUUAUAAUCACUUGGUACCAAUUAUAUUGAUAUAAGUCUUCAAAAACUUUCCAGUCAUACAUGUGCAACAUUCUGACCCCUAGAUCAAAUAUCAAGGUCAUAAUAUAUAAAUAUAUAUUGACACAGAUGCUCCCAGUUGUGAGAAGAUGUGUCAUGCACAUCUCGUAGACACCUAGCAGAAAGGUCAAGGCUACAGUCGAUGGUUAACAGGGUAUGUUUCUUGUCCACUCAGUAGCUGCCAUUCAUCAAAGGAUUUUAUUAUUAAGAUUGUACAAAUAAUCCCAGUAAUGAGAUGGUAUGCCAUGCAAUCCACCUAGGCCUCUAAUUUAAAAGCCUAGGUUACACUUCGAGGUCCAAGGUGAACAAAGUCUGUUUUAUGUCCACACAAUAACUUUAAUUUCCAUCCAUCAAAAGAUUUUAGUAUUACUUGGCACAAAUGCUCUCCAUAAUGAGCCGAUUUGUCCUCUGCAAGACCCAGACCCAUAGCUUUCAGGUCAAGGUUACAAGGUUUAGAAGUCAAAGAUUUUAUGUCAUUUUAUAUGUCAGUUCGUAAUUUUCAUGCAUAUAUGGAUAUUCAAGUAACUUGGCAUAAACAUUCAAAACAUAUGUCAUAUAUUGACCCAAGUAAAUAAAAUACUUGUUAUGCUGUAGUUCCCGGAGAAGUAGUUUAGUAGGGGCCUCUGUAUUGCAUUCACCUUUUCAUAUAUGGGACAUACUGUCAUGGUUAAUAGUCAAAAUGCAAAAUAAAGACUAUAGAGGCCACUUACUUAAAACAAAUCCAAAGAGCUGUAUAAAUAACGUAUUUUAUACUUCUUUACCGAACCUUAAGUUUGAAAUUACAGCCCAGUUGUAAAUAUUUCUAUAUGUGGGAUGUGAUAUUUCGUUGGUGUAUGUGUUUCUUAAACACAGUCCUUGUUUAUAAAAUUUAGUUUGCACGCUGAAAGAUUGAAACAACUAUUAGAUUAAUAUUUUUAUUACAUUAGAAAAUAUUUUUAUGUUUUUUUGUUUUGUUAUUUUGUUAUAUGCUUUCAUAUUUUAUGUGCACAGUUUAGUUUGCAUUUGUUAUAUAAAUUUUUAGUCUACACGAAUUUGCUGCUUUUGUGUAGGUAAUUAGUUAAGGGGUUUGCCUUUUUGGGUUAAUUAGAUGUUAACCUAGAGGUAUAUUUUAUUAAUUGUUAAACUUUUGCUGGUAAGAACAUUACCAAAACACAUUUAGUGCUUUUAUAUUGCGUCUUCCAAAUAUAUCCUGGUAUCAGACCUUUUAAAAUUUUAGCUGCUGUUUUAAGUAUUAAUUAGUUUGCUUGGUUCAAGACUUCCAUCAUAUAAACACAUCUGCGGAUGUCUGUAAAUUGUAUGUUUGUACCUUUAAUGUGUAAAUGUUGAGUUCUGCUCAAUCUGAGACACUUCCAUACCUCAUGCUUUUUUUUUCGAUGUAAAUGAGAUGUGAAACCAAAAUUUGUAGUCCUUUCUGGCGCCAUAUAACCUAUACUGUGUUGAUGUGCCUUAAAACCCAGGUCAGAUCAAAUCAAUCUGAGACACGAGGGCAACCAAUUGGUUUACACGUUUUAUCUUUUUAGCACGCCGUUUUAAAACGUAUUUUGCUAACUUUUAAUUUGAACUGUAAACACAGAAUUAGUUAAACGAAUCCAUUUAACUUGCCCCUGAUACGAUAAGCUUCGUUGAGUGUCAGUUUUUUAAAGCACCUUUUUAAAUUUGACAAUUUUUCCAGUUGAAUGGAUUUCUUGUGUGUGAAUGAUAAAAAACAAAUGUAUUUUGUUUUGGUAUUUUAGUUUUGUCUCAAUGUUGUAUAAAGGAAUUUACAAUGUCAUGUAUAUUAUAGAAAUCCAAACAGAGAGCUAAGUUCAGGGAGUCGUAACCGGUUGUGAACAUUGUUUUCAGUCUCUAAACUUUUUUGUUUAUUUUCUUUUUGCAUUUUAAUGCUUUGAUUUUAUUCAUGUUUAAUUUGUAUUUUUAUUUUUACUUAAAAGUUACUAUAUCAGCCAGAUUUUACAACAUUUUCAAAUGCACGAAAAAUUAUGUAUGAUUUAGUCAGAUACGAGGUUGGUAUUUGUUUUUCAAACAAUCAAGGCUUUUGUAAUGUUCAGCGAUAUAUUUACCACAGUUAGAAGUUCAGCAAAGCAAGAACGGAAUUAUAAGGGCCAUAACCCUUAUUCAUCCUGCUGCCGGCAAGUGAUUCUGCUUUUGCGACCAGUGCAGACCAAGAUUAGCGUGCACGUCCGUGGUUUGCAGUGUUCGCUUUUCAAUCAGUAUAUUUCAUUGAACAUCCCCUUUGAAUAAUAAAUGGUAUUGCCCAAACUGAAUGAUGGACCAGUCGAUUUAGGAAUUUAGCAGGCUAAGGGUUGAAUAUCCAAGUAUCUGAACGAAGAAACAUGGUAGAUCAGAUGAUAAACCACAGGAAGACAGAACGUCCAUGCAUCGCACCAUUAUUUCAUGAAUUAUGCCCAUGUUUCCUUAGAAUUUCAUGCACAAGUUUUAAUGCUCGUUCACUCGGUCUUUAAUAUUACGUAAUGGAUUUGUUUUGAAUUUGAAAUAAAUGCCAUAUAUCAUCACCGACAUCAAUGACAAAAAGUCUGUAACUCCAACACAAAUAUUCAUGAAUUAUGCCCCAUUUUUAUGCCCCCUAAGGGAGGCAUAUAGUUUUUGAACCGUCUGUCGGUCUGUCGGUCUGUCCUCAAUUUUCGUGUCCGGUCCAUAUCUUUGUCAUCGAUGGAUGGAUUUUCAAAUAACUUGGCAUGAAUGUGUACCACAGUAAGACGAUGUGCAGUGCGCAAGACCCAGGUCCGUAGCUCAAAGGUCAAGGUCACACUUGGACGUUAAAGGAUAGUGCAUUGAUGGGCGUGUCCGGUCCAUAUCUUUGUCAUCGAUGGAUGGAUUUUCAAAUAACUAUGCAUGAAUGUGUACUACAGUAAGACGACGUGCAGUGCGCAAGACCCAGGUUCGUAGCUCAAAGGUCAAGGUCACACUUAGACGUUAAAGGAUAGUGCAUUGAUGGGCGUGUCCGGUCCAUAUCUUUGUCAUCGAUGGAUGGAUUUUCAAAUAACUUGGCAUGAAUGUGUACCACAGUAAGACGACGUGCAGUGCGCAAGACCCAGGUCCGUAGCUCAAAGGUCAAGGUCACACUUAGACGUUAAAGGAUAGUGCAUUGAUGGGCGUGUCCGGUCCAUAUCUUUGUCAUCGAUGGAUGGAUUUUCAAAUAACUUGGCAUGAAUGUGUACCACAAUAAGACGACGUGUCACACGCAAGACCCAGGUCCGUAGCUCAAAGGUCAAGGUCACACUUAGACGUUAAAGAUCAUUUUUCAUGAUAGUGCAUUGAUGGGCAUGUCCGGACCAUAUCUUUGUCAUUCAUGCAUGGAUUUUAAAAUAACUAUGCAUGAAUGUGUGACACAGUAUGACGAUGUGUCGCACGCAAGACCCAGCUCCGUAGGUCAAAGGUCCUAAACUCUAACAUCGGCCAUAACUAUUCAUUCAAAGUGCCAUCGGGGGCAUGUGUCAUCCUACGGAGACAGCUCUUGUUAGCUUUAAAUUUUAGGUGAAAAGGUUUAAGCACCUUUACUCUAUUUUGAUAAUUACUUAGUCUAAAUGGAUUUUAUUAACUUAAAGGCUAAAAUGGUUGUGUCACAUCAUCACCCUUAUCAUAUGACACAAUUUUCGUUAAUCUGGCAGAAAUAUUUUAAUUUUAUGCUUAGAAAGUCUGGUUGGUGUUUUGAUAUAGCUUCACUUUAUCUCUGUUAUAACUCAAAUUUAAACUUGUCCCGAAUCAUCGUCAGCCACAUCGGGAGUAUUUAUAACCCCAAUGAUAGCUCUAAUUUCCUCUGAUAUGCCACAUUACAGUAUCAGGCAUCUAAAUAGUCAAGCAUCUAUCUGCUGCAGUAAUUAAUUUUUAUUUAGAUGUGUCAAAGGGUUAUUGACGUAUACCUUUAGAUAUCAUGUACCCAUUAGUGUAAUCAAAUUGUAUUUAUGUAGGAUUUCAAAAUAGCAAACUCUAGUCAAAAGUUUUAGAUGUCAAAAUAAAUGUUACGCUAUCUAAAUGGAUAAAAACCCCGUUGAUUAAUUAUUAUUGAUGUUUUAACAUAACAUGUUGUACAGAUUCUGUCAUUACGUUAAUCAAUUAAAUUUUACCUACCCUCGGGCGGUCACAUUUAUAACAUAUGUUUUUUACAUUGUUUGUACUUAAGGCAAGUACUACUGUCUGUGUUGAGCCACAAUGUACAUAAAGAACGUUGCUUUGAUUCAAAAUUAGCUGAUAUUUAGUUAGAAAUCAGACUGCGUGACUGUAAACGAGACUUAAUUUUUUCAGUGUUUUCAAUAUUUGCUAAAUUUUAUAAUGUAAAUGUUGUCAAAGAGGUUUUUAAAUUUUUACAUGUACAUAAACACCAUGCGUUGGAGUGCUUUAUAGAAGUGGCUAAACAGAAAAUAAAUGUUCAUGUCGUAGUCUUUGGAGACCCGCUGACAAAUGGUUUCUUUUUAAAAUGUGGUACUUGUGUUCACCAAAGUCAUUGAUUACGUGCGUAUUUGGUUCGCUAUGUAACCUUUUAUAUUUGCAUGAAUAUUUUUGUGGUUUGAUAUCGUGACUUGUUGUUAUCAUGAAUGUAAGGAAGUCACUUAGCAGGAAAUAAAUUGUAUUUACACUGUUUUGUAACUAGAAUAUUGUUAGGAUUAAGGGUAAUUAAAUGGUUUAAACACCUUUAUGUCUUUGUCACUGACAGCUUCAAAAUGGUAUCCUACAGUGUUCCUUCAUUUGCAUGAUUGUUUGUCGUUGUUGUUAUAUUUUACUUUGUGUACAUCAAUCAUGUACACAUUUAUGCUGAAGGAUCGAGUUCUUUUUGAGGGGCUGCAUUCUUGGAGUGUAGUUUGUCCUGUAAGACAUAUGUGUUUCCUUAUUUUGGCUCGUGUUUAACCAGAUCGUGUAAACGUCAAUCACUUUUUGGGAAGGGGCUAGUUUCCACUGUAUGGCUUUGUGGAAAACUUCUAAAAUCUGGCUAGUUUUCAAAAUAAUUUAACAGAAUACUUCUUUGAUGACUAUACCAAUGUUACCUAACUGUCAAAUGUUGGAGUUGUGAAACAUUGGUUAGCGAUGUUGGGACAUCAUUGUUUUCUUGUUUCAAGAAGAAAACGCCCAUUGCAACCGUUUAGCAUAUAUAUAGAAAAAAUGCAUUGUCAUUGUUCCUAUCUUAUUUAAUAUUUUGUUAUUUUGUCUUUGUGUACAUAUUAAUCAUACACUGCUGCAUGGCUUCAAUUUAAGGUGCUUCGUUCUUGGAGCGUGUUUUGGAUCGUCUUUUACUAGUAUAUCACCAUGUGGUUUUAGGACGGUCAGUAUGUGAAACGAACUGGAACCACUGGCUUAUCCAUGCAUGAUCAUAAGAGACGACUAGUAGGUACUGAACACUUAAUAAUUGUGGUUUUGCUGUGCCUCUGUGAUUUCUGCAGGUAUAAAAGUUUUGAUAGCAUGCCCCAUGUUUUUGUUUCGAUGUAAAUGAGAUGUGAAACCAAAAUUUUCAGUCCUGUUUGGCGCCAUAUAACCAAUACUGUGUUGGUGCGCCGUAAACCCAAACUCAAAUUAAAGUAUAUGUUAACCAUUCUUCGCCGCAGAUGUAAUCUACUGUAUGGCUCUACAGAAAAAAAUCCCCUAAAUCUACUGGCCAGUUUUCAAAGUACAAGAAUAAAACAUUGUCAGUCAGUGUUUCAUUUUAUUAUAUAUAUUUUUAUACACCCACCAAACAUGUUUGGCGGGGAGGGAGGGGUAUAUAGGAGGCAGUUUUGUCCCGUCGCGAAACCUGUUAUCUCAGUUAUUACUAAAUGGAUUUGAUUCAAACUUAAAAUGUUCCACCUUAUCACGCACAUCAUGUGACAAGAUGCAUAACUCUGACACCAUAUUUUCAUUAAUUAUGCCCCCUUUUACUUAGAAUUUAAGGUUAAUUUUGAAGCAUUUUCACUAUAUCUCCGUUAUUACUAAAUGGAUCUGAUUCAGACUUAAAGUAGUUGUUCCACCUUAUCACCCGCAUCAUUUGACACAAGUUACAUAACUCUGACACCAAUUUUUCAUGAAUUAUGCCCGCUUUAAAUUAGAAUUUAAGGUUAAUUUUGUUGCAUUUUCACUAUAUCUCAGUUAUUACUAAAUGGGAUUGAUUCAAACUUAAAAUAGAUGUUCCAUCCCAUCACCCACAUCAUGUGACACAAGGUGCAUAACUCUGACAGCAAUUUUUCAUGAAUUAUGCCCCUUUUACUUAGAAUUUAAGGUUAAUUUUGAUGCAUUUUCACUAUAUAUCAUUCUGAUUGGCUUAGAGCCAAAGGGAAGUAACCUUUUUUAACUUUUGUACUGAGUUACUUCCCCUUAAAUUCCAAGAAUAAGUCUAUUUUUAGAAAUUCUAUUUUUAGAUUUUCAAUAUUUUAGGUAUUUUCCUAACUUUUUUAUUAUUAGACCAAGGUAAAAAAUAAAGACAUUUUUCUGCGGUAACAUGACAUUGUGUCAGUAAGACAUUUUUGUAUUCAUUUUUAGUGUAUCCCUAAUAUGAGAGAUUUUUAUAUUUACCUUAUCCCGCAUCCUGGGCGCAUGUACUAGUUUUACUUAUAUGUGCCGUGGAAGCCCAAGAUGAAAUACUCCAAAAACGAGUAAAAUUUUUCUUUAAGUAAUAGGUUUUUUUUACGUUUUGUAUUAUUCUAAGUAUUUUCAAAAUUUCUUAAUGUUGCCAUUCUUCUUUGACAACCGUAUGGUGGGGGUAUGUCACUCCUGUGACAGUUCUAGUUUUUUCAAUAGAUACACGUUGUUUUAUUUUCUUAAAGUUAUAUUGGACAUAUAUAUAUAAUAACAAAAUAGUCAUAAUAUUACAAAUCGGUUUCUUUACAUCAUUCUUACAUACGAGAGCUAUAGCAUAGUUCUUUCGUAGAAAGUAGGGACUAUGAAUGAGAAAGGUCAUUUUAAUGAGUCGUUUAAAUGAAACGGUAUACUUCAUAGAAAAGUAAUUUAAUAUUUAAGAAUGUUUCAGUAUUAUGACCUAAAAGAUAAAAUAAUAACUAGUAUUGCAGUUUAAGGUGCAUAUUAACAGAGUUUUGUUUUCUAUUUUUAUAAACUAUAAGGUAAAUGUUGUACAUUCGGAGGCGUAUAUCCGAUUGAAAAAUUCAAGGGCUGCUCGACAUGAAAUAUGUAUAAUUGUGAAUGACAGGAGUUGGUGUGAAAUUGUUAAUGUCCUUUCACAGAGUUUCCCGCCAUUAGAAGUUUGUCAUUUAAAUAAUCUGUUAAUCGAAAUGUAUCGAUUUAGACAAAAUUGCUUUACUCAGAAUGUUCAUCAAAGAGUGCUUUACUAUGUUCUUUCAUUUGUUCUUUCUUUCACAUUGUAUUUUUUAUUUAAGAAGUAUUUGAGUAAUCCACUGGCUUAAAAAUUUCUAACAAUGGCAGACGUAUAAUUUACCUGCGCUUGUGCAUUUUCCUACAAUGGACAAAAAAGCUGGAAUCCUGUCACUCGAUAUUAUUUUUGAUAACAAUUUACGAGUAAAUCAAUUACAGUAUUAUCUUAAUAAGGACCUGUUACACAAGUGUCCUCUAGUACUCUCUUGUAUGGCUAUACGGUAAGACGAAUACUUCUAUAGCAAUAAAGGCUGCCUUUUUAUAUGCCCGUCUCUGAAAGAGUGGGGUGUAUUAUGUGAACACCCGUGGCGGGCAGGCGGCGGGCGAUCGAUGACCAAAAGCAUGUCCGAAAAGCAUGUCCGCUAAGUGGAACAGUUUUCAUCCGAUCUUCACCAAACUUGCUGACAAUGUUUGUGGGCAUACUAACCACCCAAAUCGCCCCAUGCACUCUUGGAUUAUGGCCCUUGAAUUACUCGAAGAACUGCGAAUUUAGCCUUGUUCGCUCUCUAAGUCGAACAGUUUUUUAGCCGAUCUUCACCAAACUUGCGGACAAUGUUUGUGUGAGCAUAAUAUCUCGGCCAAGUUCGAUAACCACCCAAAUCGCCCCAUGCACUCUUGGAUUAUUGCCCUUGAAUUUACGUAACUGAAUAUUUAGACGGGCGUAUUUUGUGACAGUCUGGCACUCUUGUUUAACAGUAGUGUUAGAAAUUGCCCGAACUUAUUCCAAGUUAUACUUUUAUUGCGACCAUGAAAGGUUUCUUCGUACUUGUUUUUAGUGUUUUUAAAUUUUUUGGUCCUCCGAGAUCUCGGAGGCCAUUCAGUGUGUUACAAUGUUCCAUUACUAGUUUCUUGAUGCACAUUUCAUUACCUCUCAUGAUAAGACUCGGUGAAACCUAGACUGCUAUAACUUUGCAUGGUGGCGUUCUAUGCUUCCAAACGUUAUUUUUUAUGUUUUAUUGUUAUCAGCCUUCGGUUAUAAUUUGCAAAAAUCUUGAACAAUUACUUGUCCUUUUUAAAUAUUUUUAUUGAUCGUUCGCUAUAGGUGUCAGUCUGCCAGAAAUAUUUCAUGCUUCAGAAUAGAGUGUUGUUUCCACUGAAAAGUUCCGAUAGUUUUUGGCAAUAACGCAGAGUGCAUAUCUGCUUUUGUUUUCAGUUACUUUUCAAACAUUUGAGACGUCGCUCGGAUUUGUUGCAUUUAUUUGUUGCUUAGGUAAGCAUCACAUUGACCAAGUGGUUAAGGGAACUUUUUUGCCAGGAGGAGGAGCACAAACUGGCGAUAUUGUCGUGCUACAAUGUAGAAUACAGUACAAAUUUAAUGUCGAACAUCCCUUUAAUCACACACAUGUAUAAUUCUAAGUCAGUGGUUUAGUAAAUAGAACAGAUUUGGUAUUUUGUUAUGAUUAUUGUUUUUCUUUGCAAUCAUUUAUAGAUAUUUAUUUUUGUAUAUGGGGAAAUAUUACUUGGAUCAGAUGUCCUUGUCUCACACUUAUUUUAAUAUACUAGUAUUGAGAAAUUGUUAUAUAUUCCAGAUGGUAUCGCAUAGCGCUGGUAGAUAUUAUUGAAUGCAGAGAGGUAAUUCUGAAAUAAAUGCAUCAAAAGCG